GGUUGUAAAACUGGCCGUUCUGCCUUCCUCUCCGUGGUUGGCGGGGCGUUUGGGUUGACACCCGAGGCUUAGGAGGGGGAGAUGGAAUGGGACAGAACGCUUGGUCGAGCAACGCGUUAGCGAAGUUAUCUUUUUUGGAGGGGUACCUUCAAGUCAGUCUCCAUUCCAGUGAUGUCUGCAUUUUUGAACAAACUUUUAUUACUGAAUCUGUGAGACUCAACAGAGGACUCUUUCUGGUGUUGGGUUUCGUGAUUUAAAACUUUCCUUGGCCCAGGAAAGUUAUUUUAGCCGCUGUAAGAAAAAACUUCACAGAAGGAGAGUGAGCAGCAAGUGACAAGACCAGGUUGAUCCAUUUGAGGUUUACUUUCCACUGCUCAUUUGGCUAGAAACGUAUGAAUUCAAAAGCCGGAGGAAAUUUGUCAGAAUGCAACAUCACAGAAUUCCUUUCUUUAAUUUGAUUUUUCUGCUUUCCUGCAUUGUGGCAGGACUCCAUCAAGAACAGUAUCAAAGAAGCUUCUAAUCUAUGAAGGGCCAUGGGCUUUUGUUCUGCCAGCCUUCACCUCUCCUACAAGCUCAAGCUAUUGAUCCUCAUUACCCUCUGCGUCUUAUUGAUAGGCUGGGCCACCUCCACUUACCUGGUAGUUACUUUACAUGAAACUCCAGCAGCAAAAGGCAUGGUUGGAAGUUUCAGGAAGCCAACCACUAUUAUGGAGGAACAAAAGGAGAAUUCAAAGAGGAAGGCCAUGCUUACUGGGAAACUACCCAUAGCAAAAUCCCCCUGUCCCUCUCUGUCUCCCUAUCUGCGGGGUCCAAGCAAGCUUACUUUCAGAGCGUCUCUCACUCUGGAAGAGGUGCAGAAAGAGAAUCCUUCAGUAGCAAAGGGGCGCCAUAGCCCAAAAGACUGCACAGCUCAGCAACGAGUAGCUAUAUUGAUUCCACACCGCAAUCGAGAGAGGCAUCUGCUGUAUCUGUUGGAGCACCUUCAUCCAUUCUUGCAGCGGCAGCAGCUGGAUUAUGGCCUUUAUGUCAUCCACCAGGCUGGCAGUGCCAAGUUUAACAGAGCAAAACUGCUAAAUGUGGGAUACCUGGAGGCGCUGAAGGAAGAGAACUGGGAUUGUUUUAUUUUCCAUGAUGUGGACCUGGUGCCAGAGAAUGACUUCAACAUUUAUAUAUGUGGCAGUCAGCCAAAGCACUUGGUAGUGGGUAGAAAUAGCACAGGUUACAGGUUACGUUACCAAGGAUACUUUGGCGGUGUAACUGCUCUGACAAGGGAGCAAUUUCUGAAGGUGAAUGGAUUUUCAAACAACUACUGGGGCUGGGGAGGAGAGGACGAUGACCUCCGGAUCAGGACUCUCAAAACAGAACAUCAGCUGCAGAGUGAAGUUGCAGGAACAAAUUUAUAGGCAGUUUUCUCUAUUUCAUAUACCACUCAAGCUGUUUUACUUUAGAGGCAGCAGCAGAUGGAGAAUUAAGAUUAAGAAAGGCAGUUCUGAAAUAGGUCAAAAACUCAUCUAGUUCAGGAGUUUAUUUACACAGUGGAUCAGUAAGUAUAUAUGUAGUUGCAUUAUUCUACUUCUAUAUCUUGGUGAUUGGUAUUGAGAACCUGAUUAGUGGUUGUGAUCAAUAGCCUUACCCUCCAUCAUUUUAAUAUUAAAACUCUCUGCUUUAAUGGCCAUCACUACAUCUUCUAGCAAUACAUUCCACAGGUUACCAGAUCUACCUUCACAAAUUCCCCACUAUUCAGCUUCAUUGAAAGUCCAUCAGUUGGGAUGCACUGAGGAAGUGAGAAAACUUUAAUCCUAUCCACUUCAUCAAUAUGCAUUUGCUGUAUAUAAUACAGAUGUGCAGAGUUUGGGAUUUGAUUCAGAAGGGGCUUUGGAGCACAAAUGCAUCAUCUACAACUCAUUAAAGCAGUCGUAUGUUUCCAGGAUCACAUAGCUGUUGUGAAUGCUUCCCAAAGCAGCAUGAUUCUGGAAAAAGGCCUACUUACUUUAAUGAGUUAAAUCUAGGUGCUAUGUUUGCACUCCUGUGUGUUCUAAAACACCUCUUCCAAACUGAAUAUGUAGCACUACAGUCCUAACAUGCAGUUGCAUGUAGUUUGCAGUUUGUACUAAGAGUGUGUUCUUCCUUAAAGCAAAAUCUUAAGGUGUUGUUUUCACCCAUUAAUCCAGAAGAGUGCCAUACUUUGCAAUGGAAGUUGAAUUUUAGAGCUGUGCUAAAAGUUAUUUUGAGGACCGUUCUACCUUUAACACAGGGCUUUUGGAGGGGAGGAAGUGGGAUUCAAGAAAAUUAUGAUUUUCACUUUUAAGUGCCUGUGUAUGUAGCCCUCAAUUCUGCGCUUGCUGCAUUCAUUCAUGAAGCAUUAUACUUAGAAGUUUUAAGAGAAAUAAAGUGUGCAAUUUGGGAAAGCAGCCUUUGUUCCAGAGGUUCUCUGAACAUCCUUUCAGGACUGGAAUGGUGAGAUCAUGUCAUGGGUGCUUUCACAUGUGCUUGCCUAGUCAAUAACUCACCAAUAAGCAAAAUGGUCAGGUGGCUGUCUACUGCUUCCUCUAAUCUACCAGGAUGCUUGCAUUCCACCACCUGUCAUUACUCAUAAAUCACCACAUUCUUGU